AUGGGUAACAAACCAUCAAUAGAAACCAAAGCAAAUAUUAAAGAUGGUUUAUUAACCUUUAUAAUAUUAAAUUGCGAAAAUUCAUCAGCAUUCCCAGGUUAUGCAGAAAAUCAUGAAGAGGUUAUAAAGAUACAUGAUGGUCAUAAAUUAACAGUUAGUGUUGAUUACAAUGGAAAAACCGAAAAAGUAUCAUGUGACUAUUAUAAAAAUUCAGUUUGGAAUAAGGGAGUAAUUCAACAUGAAUUCAUUCAAUCAAUCAAUAUAUGUACAAUUAAACUUGGUUCAACUAGUCCAAAAUCACCAAAAUAUAAUGAUUUCAUAUUUGAUAUUGGUCAAUACAAUCAAGGUGAAAUCAUCAAACUCUUAAUUAAAGAUGUUAAUAGUUCAUCAUCACCAGAUAGUAGCGGUCAAACCACAAUGGAUGGUGCCAAUCCUCAACAACCUGGUCAUGAUUCCGUUAUUUUAAAUAUAUUAUUCACAACAAAUUUAAAAACAUUAAAAGAAUCAAAUUCAAUUAUUAAACCUACAAGAAAUUCAAAUGACCAUUUAUCAAUUAUGCAACCAUUUGAUGAUCUUGAUAAUGGUGAUAUAAUUUUAUAUUCAGGAUCGUCACCAAUUUCAGAGAUAAUUAGGGACAGAUUUUAUAGACCAUGGUCACAUGUUGGUGUUGUUAUAAAGACUUAUCCAUUUAUAAAUCAUAUUAGGGGUGAGGAGUUAUCAGAGGAGCCAGUACUUUAUGUUAUGGAGGCAGUUGGUAAAGAGACUAUUAAGGACCCAUUUAGAAAGAAUCAAGUGUUGACUGGUGUGAAUAUAUUCAAUUUGAAAGACCGUAUUAAGGAAUAUGAAGGUUACAAUGUACAAGCGAUUCGUUUAGCUCAACCAUUCAAUGAGAGACAAAAAGAGAGAUACUUAACAAACUGUUUCGAAAUGCAUGGUGCUCGUUUACCAUUUGAUGUUUUUCAAGCUGCAAUUCUCUUAUUGGAGAGAUUAAAGAAAUGGAAUUGGACAAGUGAUAGAUCUGUAUUCUGCUCUGAACUUGCUACAAUUUGUUUAUAUAGAGCCGGUGUUUUAACUGAUUGUGAAAAUUGUCCUUCAAAUACUGAUCCUGGUGAAGUAUCUGAAUUCAUUUGCUUUAAAAAUUCUCAAAUUUGUCAUUUAAAAUAUGAUAUUUAA